AUGCCUACCAAAGUACUCUACAAAGGACGAGAUGGGGAAUUAUUCUUUAUAUAUGCUCGCUCUGGUAUGCUCGAUGAAUGGCGACAACAGCAUGCCGUUCCUUUAUUUGACGUUCUUGCUGCUGAGGAUAUCUAUGUGGCAGAGAAUGAAGAUGAUAAGGGAAGAGUAAUUCAUCCUCACGAUAACGCAAUUUUAAAGACAUUCGAAACGGCAGAUCGCAACAAGAUAUGUAAAAAGAUCCUUUCUGAAGGUCAUGAGAAGGUUAUUCAAUAA